UGCUGCUGCUGCAAACCCAAAGAUAGCAGACGAAGAGGGGGUUUGGCUCCUACCCCAAGGUAAAGCCCUGCCCCCUUUACCUCCUCGACACCUCCUCCGAGGAAGAGAAGGAGAGAGAGCGAAGGGGGCCGAAGUGGAGAAAAGCAGGUCUUCCGCGGCUGGCAUUUGGAGUACAGGGAGCCAGGAAGUGAAGGAUGGUUGUGGUUACCCGAGCUGGCUGCAGGGCAGCUCUCUUCCUCUGGAUUUUCAUCAGCAUUAGCUGCAGAGCCAGGACUGCUCUGCCUGCAUCUCAAAAGUGUGAUGAACCUCUGAUCUCAGCAUUACCCCAUUCCUCCUUCAGCAGUUCAUCAUCCAUGACAAGCAGCUACGUGCCAGGGUAUGCCAAGUUAAACAAGCGAGGAGGUGCAGGAGGUUGGUCUCCAUCAGACAGCGAUCAUUACCAAUGGCUGCAAGUGGAUUUUGGGAGUAGGAAGCAGAUCAGUGCUAUUGCAACUCAAGGCAGAUACAGCAGCUCUGACUGGGUCACUCAAUACCGGAUGCUCUACAGUGAUACAGGGAGAAACUGGAAACCAUACCACCAAGAUGGAAACAUCUGGGCAUUUCCUGGAAAUACAAACUCUGACAGUGUGGUCCGGCAUGAUUUACAACAUCCAGUUAUUGCUCGCUAUGUAAGGAUAGUUCCUUUGGACUGGAAUGGAGAGGGCCAAAUUGGGUUAAGAAUUGAAGUCUACGGUUGCUCAUACUGGGCUGAUGUUAUCAAUUUUGAUGGCCAUGUAGUGUUACCGUACAGAUUCAGGAACAAGAAAAUGAAAACACUGAAAGACGUCAUCUCUCUAAAAUUUAAGACCUCUGAAAGCGAAGGUGUAAUCUUCCACGGAGAAGGACAGCAAGGAGACUAUAUCACCCUGGAGCUGAAAAAAGCCAAACUUGUUCUAAAUUUAAAUUUAGGCAGCAACCAGCUUGGCUCUAUUUUUGGCCACACAUCUGUGACAACUGGCAGCCUCUUGGAUGAUCACCAUUGGCACUCCGUCAUCAUAGAGCGCCACGGGAGGAACAUCAAUCUCACCCUCGACAGGCACAUGCAGCACUUCAGAACAAAUGGAGAAUUUGAUUACCUGGACCUGGACUAUGAGAUAACAUUUGGAGGCAUGCCUUUUUCUGGCAAGCCAAGUUCUAACAGUAGGAAAAAUUUCAAGGGCUGCAUGGAGACCAUCAACUACAAUGGCAAUAAUAUCACUGACCUUGCCAAGAGGAAGAAAUUGGAACCUUCAAAUGUGGGAAAUUUAAGUUUUUCUUGUGUGGAGCCACAUACAGUGCCUGUCUUUUUCAAUGCCACCAGUUACCUUGAGGUUCCUGGUCGUCCAAGCCAGGAUCUGUUUUCAGUCAGUUUCCUUUUCCGGACCUGGAACCCAAAUGGACUUCUUCUCUUCAGCAACUUUGCAGAUGACCUGGGGAAUGUUGAGAUUGACAUAAAUGAAGGCAAAGUCAGUGUCCAUAUCAAUGUCACCCAAGUGAAGAAGAACCGGAUAGACAUCUCAUCGGGUUCUGGUCUCAAUGAUGGGCAGUGGCAUGAAGUUCGUUUCCUGGCUAAGGAAAAUUUUGCUGUCCUCACCAUUGAUGGCGAUGAAGCUUCAGCUGUUCGAACUAACAGCCCUCUACAAGUCAAGACUGGAGAAAAAUAUUACUUUGGAGGGUUUCCUGUACAGAUGAAUGACUCAGAUCGCUCACUAUUUGAGCAUUCCUUUCAAGGAUGCAUGAAGAGUAUUCAUGUGGAUGAUCAGCUGGUGGAUUUGCAUGCAGUGGAGCAAGGCGAGCUGGGAAGCUUUGCCAAUGUCACCAUUGAUAUGUGUGCCAUUAUUGAUAGGUGUGUGCCCAAUCACUGUGAACACGAUGGAAAAUGCACCCAGACGUGGGACAGCUUCAAGUGCACUUGCGAUGGAACUAAUUACAGUGGUGCCACUUGCCAUAACUCUAUUUAUGAACUGUCUUGUGAAGCAUACAAACACUUGGGCAAAACUUCAAAUUACUACUGGAUAGAUCCAGAUGGCAGUGGGACACUGGGACCACUGAAAGUUUACUGCAACAUGACAGAGGAUAAAGUAUGGACAACUGUGUACCAUGAUCUGCAAAUGCAGACUGCUGUGGGAGGCAACAGCCCAGAGAAGUUAUCUGUGCUGCAGCUCAACUACAGUGCAACAAUGGACCAGAUUUCUGCCAUUACCAGUAGUGCUGAAUAUUGUGAGCAGUUUAUCUCCUAUUCUUGCAAGAUGUCCCGGCUGCUGAAUACACCAGAAGGGAAUCCAUAUACCUGGUGGGUUGGAAAAGCCAAUGAGAAGCACUACUACUGGGGCGGAUCAGGACCUGGCAUUCAAAAAUGUGCCUGCGGCAUCGAACGCAACUGUACCGAUCCCAAGUACUACUGCAACUGUGAUGCUGACCAUAAGCAAUGGAGGAAAGACAGUGGGAUGUUGUCAUACAAAGAGCACCUACCAGUCAGCCAGGUGGUGGUUGGAGACCUUGACCGGCCUGGGUCUGAAGCCAAGGUAUCCGUGGGUCCCGUGCGCUGCCAAGGAGAUCGGAAUUACUGGAACGCGGCUUCUUUUGUUACUUCGUCAUCUUACCUCCACUUCUCCACCUUCCAAGGGGAAACCAGUGCAGACAUCUCUUUCUACUUCAAAACAUCAGCCUCAGAUGGGGUGUUUCUUGAGAAUCUGGGGAACACUGACUUCAUCAAACUGGAGCUGAAAUCUGCUACUGAGGUCUCCUUUUCAUUUGAUGUGGGAAAUGGGCCGGUGGAAAUCGUGGUGAGAUCUCCCAACCCGCUCAAUGAUGACCAGUGGCACCGGGUCAAUGCCGAGAGGAAUGUCAAGCAGGCCAGCCUGCAGGUGGACCAGUUACCCCUGGAGGUCAGGAAAGCUCCAACAGAAGGACAUACACGGCUGGAAUUGUACAGCCAGCUCUAUGUUGGUGCUGCAGGAGGCCAGCGAGGCUUCCUGGGCUGCAUCCGUUCCCUGAGGAUGAAUGGGGUGACGCUGGACCUGGAAGAGAGAGCAAAGGUCACGCCUGGGGUGAAGCCUGGCUGCUCUGGCCACUGCACAAGCUAUGGGAUGUACUGUGCCAACGGUGGGAAAUGUGUGGAGAAAUACAAUGGGUACUCCUGUGACUGCUCCAAAACUGCCUACGAUGGGCCAUUCUGCAUAAAAGAUGUGGGAGCAUUUUUUGAAGAAGGAAUGUGGCUUCGUUACAACUUCCACUCCCCAGGGACUAGCAUGAAGGAUUUAGUUAGCCGGACACUUUUGAGUUCUGCAGAUCCUGAGAUCACAGCACCUGACCUAAGCUUGAACAAAGAAGAGCUCAGCUUCAGCUUCAGCACCACCAAGUCCCCUUGUGUCUUAUUGUAUGUCAGCUCCUACACCCCGGACUUCAUGGCUGUGCUUGUGAACCCCUCUGGGAAUCUGCAAAUUCGGUACAACCUCGGGGGCACCAAAGAGCCGUAUAACAUUGACAUUGACCACAGGAACAUGGCCAAUGGGCAGCCCCACACUGUUAAUGUCACACGGAACGGACGGGACAUCGUACUGCAGCUUGAUCACUAUCCUCCAACAAGUUACAGCCUGCCAGCCACAUCUGACAUUCAGUUCAAUUCCCCAAAGGCACUAUUCCUAGGAAAAGUUAUAGAAAUUGGGAAGAUUGACCAAGAUAUAUAUAAAUACAACACCCCAGGAUUCACUGGCUGCCUAUCGAGAGUCCAGUUCAACCAGAUUGCUCCACUCAAAGCAGCUCUGAGACCUACCAACACUUCUUCUCACGUCCACAUCCAAGGAGAACUGGUGGAAUCCAACUGCGGAGCAUCUCCACUCACCAUCCCACCAAUGUCGGCCGCCACCGACCCCUGGCACUUAGACUCAGCAAGUGCUGAUUUUCCAUACAAUGGUCAAGCUAUAGGAGAUGGAGUUAACAGAAACUCAGCUAUUAUUGGAGGUGUCAUCGCAGUGGUCAUCUUCACCAUCCUCUGCACCUUGGUGUUCCUGAUCCGCUACAUGUUCCGCCACAAGGGAACCUACCACACCAACGAGGCCAAAGGCGCAGAGUCAGCCGAGAGCGCCGACGCCGCCAUCAUGAACAAUGACCCCAACUUCACGGAGACCAUAGACGAGAGCAAGAAGGAAUGGCUUAUCUAAGCCCACGGGGAUGGGGCCUGGGGUGGGAUGUCAGCAGGGCCAGGGUGGGACUGGGAUGACUCUUGCAGUGGAGAGAGAACACUCUGUGUCGGACACUUGAGCACACAUAGGAUGAAAAGAUCAGCACAA